CUCACCAGGCACCAUGCCCUUGAUGGAGCCAGCCGUGGCCACAAAGAGGGCCACUUUUGCCCUGAGAUGAUUUUGGUUCCCCGAGGCACAGUUUGGCUGUGUCCCGGGGGUGGUCCACACACGUGUGGGCUAUACUGGGGGAUCCACACCAUCCCCUACUUACAGGAAAAUGGGAGAUCAUACAGAAACAGUGGACUUGGAUUACAAUCCUGCACAGAUUUCAUAUGAGGAACUCCUUGCCUUGUUUUGGAAAUGUCAUGACCCUACCACCAAUACCACUAACCAGUACAUGUCAGCAAUCUUUUAUCAUGACUCUGAGCAGAAGGCGCUGGCCGAGAAGAGCAUGGAGGAACAGCAGAAACAUAUGGCAAGAAAAAUUGCCACAAAGAUUUUGCCCGCAACUGAGUUUUUUGAGGCAGAAAACUAUCACCAGAAGUACCUGCUGAGACAGCAAUUCAAACUAUUCGACACCCUGGGUCUUGAGGGACAGAGUUUGAUUAGGUCUUAUGCUGCUGCCAGGCUGAAUGGUUUUGUUGGCAAAUAUGGUACUGUGGAACAGUUUGAGAAGGAAUCCAAGGAGAUGGGCCUAUCCCAGUCUCAAAUCACCCAGGUAAAGAGGGUCUUGGCUGCAUCACCAUAAAGUUAUAACUUCCGGAACAUUUUAAAAUGGUGAAACGUGUGAACAUCUAUUGAUAUAUAGAUAAUAGAAAUGACAGAAUCCUUGAACUAUCUGUGAUAUGUACUUAAUCUUUCAUGGGAGCUUUAUGACCUAAGAAGUCAGUACCUCCUUCAGGAAUUUUGAGACAUAGGAUGAAACUCAGCAGUGUAAUCAAAAUUUUGAAGCUGCUUGGUGGAUGGAAGUGUCUUGACAUCCCUGUUGCGGUGACAUGGCCCCUUAGGAAAUGAAGCCCUUUUACUGGAUCAUAAAUAAAAUUAAUUUUAU